CGCUGCCGCAGCUGUGGGGGACUGGCGCGGUUAUGCAGGCGAAAGGCGCUCUUUCCCUGCUGAAAGUACCCUCAGAAAAGCAACCAUCUCCCCAGCCCACCAUGGCGGAUGAAAUUGAUAUCACUACUGGAGAUGCUGGGGCUUCCAGCACUUACCCUAUGCAGUGUUUGGCCCUGCGCAAAAACGGCUUCGUGAUGCUCAAAGGACGACCAUGCAAAAUAGUGGAGAUGUCAACUUCCAAAACUGGAAAGCACGGUCAUGUCAAGGUUCACCUUGUUGGAAUUGAUAUUUUCACGGGCAAAAAAUAUGAAGAUAUUUGCCCUUCUACUCACAACACGGAUGUUCCAAAUAUUAAGAGAAAUGAUUAUCAACUGAUAUGCAUUCAGGAUGGUUACCUUUCCCUGCUGACAGAAACUGGUGAAGUUCGUGAGGAUCUUAAGCUGCCAGAAGGUGAACUAGGCAAAGAAAUAGAAGGAAAAUACAAUGCAGGUGAAGAUGUGCAGGUGUCUGUCAUGUGUGCAAUGAGUGAAGAAUGUGCUGUAGCCAUAAAGCCCUGCAAAUAAAUGGGAACAUCAGGCAUGAGCAAAAUGUUUAGGUCUGGAUCAACUGCAGAUCUAAAGUUUGGUUCUAAGUUGUCACCAAAGCUAUGGCGUUCAUA